AUUCAUAUGUUAAGUCUUUCUGGAGUAAAAAUUUGUUCAAAAUAAUUGUGCAACAAGGAUUACUACAUCAGUCUGCGGAAAAAAAACAAGUUCAAAGAGAAACAAGUUUUUUUUUGCUGACCUCCCGUCACAGCUGAGUGGAAAACGAAAGGAUAUUCAAUUUUCGAGCUCUGGCAAGCAGCAAAUAAAUAAAAACUCGGAGCAACACCAGGGCACAGGUUCAAUCAACUUGACCCAAUCGCCACGCGGUGAAUCUGACCGCUCCUGCCGAGUUGCCCUUAUACGGCACCCGUCGGAGGACACCAACCACCAGCCCGCGGAGCUCGUUUUGAUGUCAGGUCAGGCACACCGCGGCAGCUGCUACUCUGAAGAUUAAUUUGAAAGCAAACCCACACGACGGCUUCGGCGUUUCGAAGAUGUACGCAAGGCAACUCCAACCGACGACGCAACAUCUGUGAUUUACCCGUGCUCAAACACGCCAUGGACACGAUCCAGGAGGUGGUGGUGGCCAAGCCGAUGGCCAGUGACCCCGAGCUGCUAGACGCUGCUUCGGGUGCGGCGCCAAACGACACGACCAAAUCCUCGCAGGAUUCGUCUUUUAGCCCGUACAACUGCUCGUCGCUGCUGAUGGAGGAGGAAGACGAUCAGCCGGCCAAUGAGCAGCAGCCCGCGGUUGAAGAGAUAAUCGAGCAACACGAUGGCGUAAGUGGGGAAGAAGUGGCGGUGGACGCCGAUGUCGUGAAGGUGCUGAAUGGGGCCGGGACCGAUGGUAGUGAUAGUGGGGUUGAGUUUGGAGUGACCGGGUCGUUGAACGAUACCGGGAUUCUGCAGCGAGCGCUGAGCAACAACAGUGCCGGAUAUGCGAGCAGUUGCUGUGGGCUUGAAGAGGGCAACGGGGUCAGCGUGUCGUGCAACUCCAGUAUGAUCAGCUACAGCUCGGACGUGUACGACAAGACUGGCAGUACAAUUCUGUUGGGCGGCGGCAGUCGACUCAGCAAUGACUAUUGCGCCAGUGAAGGUGGCAGUGAAAGUUCCUCGAUCACCGGUGGACCGGUGAGUUCGCUCCGGAAGGGCGGUAGUUCGACGAAGAAAAAAGUGGCCAUGAAGGAACCGCUCUCGAAUCGGUCCCCGCGGAAGUCUGCCGAAAGCAUCUGCUCGGCGCGAAGUAGCUCGCGAUCGCGGGCCUCUUCGCUGGGACGAUCGGUUUCGCUCAACCUGAAAACCCCGCCCACUUCAGCGAUGAACGUGGCAGCCCGGGAACGGGCACGAUCUCGUGAAAAGAUGGCCGCCAGCACGGCCACCAAGACUGUCUCGACACCAAAAUCAAACACCCUUCCGGCAAAGCGGCCACCCAAGCCGGACUCGUUGCCAACAGGACUGAAAGAAGCCUCGCCAGCACUGCAAAGGGUCACCGUCUCGAGGACGCCCUCCGUCACCCGGGGACGGACUCCGCUGGCCACGCCCACCGACGACGGACGCUGGCCAUCGGUCGGCGGUAAAGGCACAACCACUCCAAGAUCCACCUCGGCCAGAGGCACCUCCGCGGCGCCGGAAGGCGUCUCGAUCAAAACUCGCGUCGGAACACUCGCGCUGGAAGCGAAAGUCAGCAGUCCGUUGGACAAAUUCGGAACGCUGCCUCGCCGACGGAAAGAACGGUCCGCCGAAGACCUGCAAGGAUCGAGCUCUCGAAGUGCGUCCGCGACGCGCAACCAGAACCCAAUGACCACCUCGCUCAUCAAGAAGCUUCCCUCGGCCAAGCAGGAAACGCCCACGCGAACGCUUCCAAGCUACCCGAAACUCGCCAACACCGUGAAGAAGGCCAUUCAAAAGACCAAAAUCUACCACGAGACGAGCGUACAAACGGCCAUCACCUGCAAGGACGUCGAGGACGCGUUCAACGGCAAAGCCAAGGACAUCCGGGUCGAUGCCAUCGAACAGUGCCACAAACAAACCCAGUCCGACAUCCGCGACAAGGAGAUGGAACGGCUGGAGGAAAAGCUGAAAAAGCUCACCGCCGAAUACUCCACAAUGCUCACAAAGCACUCGGAAAAGAGCCAAAUGGUCACGGCCCUCGAGCAGAAGCUGCUCAAAGAGCGCGAGGAAAAGCUAGCCGCCCAGAAGGAACUCCAAAUGAACAGCGAGCGCGUCCUCGGACUGCUCGAGUCCGUCCCGGGUGGCGUCCCCGUCGAAUCGACCGGCUCAGACUGCGACAGCCUUCUCAUGCUCGAGUCCCAACUCCAACUCUCCGGUUCCGUACUCGAAAAAAAGCAGGAGGAAAUCGCCAAACUGCGCACCAUCUGCCGGACGCUGCACGCCGACAUGGAGCUGUCGCUCAAGAACCAGGAGGAGCUGCUGAGACAGAAGACUGAGCUGGAGGAAGAGUCCAGCGAGAUGCAGGACUUUUUGCAGGCCGAAAAGGCGUCCUGCGUGGAAGCGCUGAAGGAGGCCGAACUGGAGAUGUCCCAGCUGCGGCAGACGCUGGCCCUGCGCGAGGGUGAAAUCGAGCGGCAGCAGGAGGAGUGCCGCCACCUGGUGCGCAUCGGCGAGCAGAGGAGACAAGAAUAUCUCGGAAUGCAGGCCAAGUACAACGCGCUCGAAAGCCGCUCCAAGGACAUCUUGCUGCAGCAGGGUGCGGCCGUGUCCGGCGCGUCGGUUGCCCUGUCCGGACUCGGAACCCGGCUGGACCAUCUCGUAGAGCAGCUGAUUGCGUCGUACAACAUUUCCGAGCAGGACCUGGAGGACGUAAUCUACCACAACGAAGCGUACACCAACAGCAGCAGCGGGGACGGUAGCCCCGAGUGUGAACAGCAACCGGCCGCGGCUUACUGUGAUCAACAGCCGGCGCCGUGCGCAACUCCGGCCAAGGCGCCACUAUCACCGCAGCGCGGCCAGUCCUUUAUCGCGGCCGUGAUAAGCGCGAUCAAGAACGCCACCAGCAAGUCCGCUGCCGCGGGCAAGUCGGCGUCGGUGGCGACGCCCAAGGAGCGCAAGGAGAUUUGCGGUCACGAAUCCGACUCGACGGAGAUGCUGGACUCGGAAACGGAGCCCUGCCUCAUGAUGGACAACGUCCUGGAGGACGUCGCGAUGCCCGACUCGCACUCCCACAACAUGGUCUCGUCGUCGACGCGAAUCUCCCAGAUCGAGAUGCCGUCGUCGCUCGAAAGCGGAGCGGCCAACGCGAUGAUCUCGCACGACGAAUCGCUGGACAACCUGUCCCAGGCCAUAGCCAACCGGCAGCAGAUCGAGCUGCAGUCGAGCAUCAUAGCGAGCGGCCGGUCACCGCGGCGUCAGUUCCGGCAGUCGAACGGCGAGCAGAGACCGGCGAACGCUGGAACCACCACCGCCGGAGAUCACACCACCGCUAGUCACUCGUCGUCGCUGGAGGACGACGAGAACAGUUGCUGCGGCGAGGCCUCGAUCGCGGAAAUGCCCUCGAUUUGCGAGUACUGUAACGCGCAAUCGCUCGUCGAUCAGGUCAUCGACGUGGACAACCUGAUCACGAAGCUGCUGAAGGUGCUGCGCAUCGUGCAGAUGGACAACGAUCACUGCAUCCAGGAGCUGGUCGUUCACAAGAACAAACUGGCCCUAACCAACGAGGAGAUCCAGGAUCGCGCCAAGGAGUACGAGGAGUUGAACGUCAAGCUGAAGGAGGAUCUGGCGGAUGCGUCGCAGCAGCUGGUGGCCCGCGGCAACGAGCUCACCAAGAGCAAGGCCGAGCUGGUUAGCCACCGGCAGGAGAUUGAUAAACUCAACGAGGACAUCUGUCAGCUUAGCACGCUGUGCAGCAACAACAAGCAGCAACAGAACGCCAACAUGCUGACGAUCAACCGCGAGGACGUCAUCAGCGCGCUCAAGCUGUGGAACGAAAACGACUCCAUCCCGGAGAAGGACCUGAUCAGCCACGUGGUGCAGGCUUGCAACGAGAUUCCGAAGCUGAAGGCGCGCCUCUGCGAGAAGGAGCAGCAGCUGGCGGCGAUGCAGCAAACCAGUGCCACCCGGCUGAUGAGCGCAAGUUGGCACCAGGCCCUCGGGGAGGCCAAGCGGCAGUACGAGGCGAUCGAUCGGGCGCUAGAAACGCUACACAGCGUACAGUCGAUCGUGCAGCAGUCGCCGGCCCUAACCGAGCUGCAGCGUGACCUCGAGGAAACAAACUUCCAGUCGAUCCCGCUGGUCUCGCUGCCGGCGCACCUGGUCAACGGAAAUGGGGUUGCCGCCGUGGCGGCCGCCAUCGACCUUAACGCCAACCAGACGAGCAACGGAAACGGUUCGCCGGUCGCAGCCGUAGCAGGACUGCAGCUGACCCAGCCGGACUUUAUCGAUUCGACGGCAUGAUUUCCGCGCGUGUGUGUAAGUAUGGUAAGUAAAACUAGCUAGAACUCGUUUAGGGUGUAAGUCGUCAAACCAGUGUGGAUUGAAGAAGAAAAUUGUGAUCAACAAAAUUGUGUGUAGACAAAUAAAUUAUACUGAGUUGUUUUUUCCACCGUAGCUAACCACAAUUCAAACAGAAUAGUUCCAGAUAGAAUUUAGGUCAGAAAAAAAAAUUAAAUUAGUGUCCAAAAUAGAUUGUAGAUGUUGCCCAAAACCAAGCUGUAGUAUUCAAAGGUAGUUAAAUUUUACGAACAAAAAAUCACAACACUUAAACUUUUAACCCAUAGUUGUCCGCCGUCGUCAGUUUGUUCCGAAAGAUAGUUGCAUUUUCCUGCGUGAUUCGACAACGAAGAACACGUCAAUUAGAGAGAGAGAGAAAGUAAACAAAGAUACUUUGCAGUCUGCAGUGUUUCUCGAGCGUGCGAAGCGAUUGCCUGCUUGGAUUCCGAUCGGUCCGAAACACUUUUGGCGCCAAAUUUGCACACCGCAAAAGAUUGAUCCGCUUUCGGCGAAGCGUGCGAUUGUUUGACAGAUUUCAGGUUUUAUUAUUCCCUAUCAGGGAUGAAAUGAUCAGUAAAACAUCUUUUUCGCUUGCGAACUUUCUUCGCCCGCAGAAGAGAGAGGAGGUGUAUCACGCAAAAGAAAAUCUCUCCCGAACUUUUCGAAAAAAAUCAAUCAGUUGAAGAUUUUUUGUAAUACUCAUUGUUAGCAUCACUUGAAUUUAUUUAUUACGUUUUGUUUACAAAGAUUGUUCAUUAAUGAACAGUGACAGGUAAUUUUUGGAAGUAAGACGAUACACCUGCAAGUGUAGUAGUGAAAUUGAUGUUCCGCCGAAUAAUCUAAGAUGAUGUUUUUUUUUGCGUUUUUAAAUCGAUCUUUCAUUCGCGAGAGAUGAGAGCCAUUCUCCCUUUGGAUUGUUUCUCUUGAUACGCUUGAUAUGCAUACGAUUUUCUUUUGAUGAAGAUUCUGCCAUCACUUUUCCCAAUUAAAAACAAAACACGCAAUAAUUAAAAUAAAAUUAAAUAAAAAUAACAAUUUCGUUCAUGCUCAAAAUUUAUGAAAAUCUAUAAAAAAAUACUGUAUUUUCGAGAAUACUCAAAUUUUCAAAAUUUGCAAUAUGAGAAUCAAACGACGCAAAAUAUGCAUAGAUUUUCAAUAAAUUUGAGUUUUUGGUGUUAAUAAUAUUUUUUACAAAAUACCGUUUUUUGAAUUUUCAAAAUUUGCAUUCUGAAGAUUCUGAAGAUCAAAAUUUUAUCACCGCCAUUUUGGCCGACAUAAGGAUUGUUUAAUAUUUUCAUUUUCACAAAAUACCACUUUUUGAAAUACCAAAAAUUUGCAAUGUGUAUAUAAAAUGACUAAAAAUUGUGUAUUCUCAUGAAACACCGUUUUUUAAAUUUAAAAUAUGGGUAUCACCCUGUUUGGCAUAAUGGAUAUUUGGCAUAACGGGUUUUCCAGAAAGACGUUUGGCAUAAUUAAAACUUGCUUUUUUAGUUUUGUUUAAUUAGUAUAUAGUGUCACACACUAUAUAUUAAUUAGUACUUUUCGGACGUAAGAUAAAACUUCGUAAAGCGCGAAAUCUUGAUAACGUCCUUCUCGGAUCAAGGGCUUUUAUUGACUAGUCAGGAGUGUGUGUCGCGAUCGGUCCGCAGGCCGAUCGACCGUCAGUGUGAGAGUAUGCAGAGAUAGUAGCGCGAGAUCGGAUACGAUCGUGUAGGGGAAAUUGGGGCGCAUGAACCACCACAAGUAUUUCUCAUUUAGAAGAAUUCAAAUUUAUUUUGUUUUUUCCCUAGUAGAUGCAAGUUGUUAAUUUUUUUUUUUGCAUAUUUCACAAUAAAGCACUUCAAUGAAAUUAAAAAAAAUAUUUAAAAUUUAGAUUAAAGAAUCUCUUGAUAGCUUUACAUAUUUUUCCCCUUUCAACAUAUUAUGCAAUAAAGUUUUUUUAUUGAAAUUUUCCCUUCUAUUAUUGAAAAUCCAACUUAGAAAAGGGAAAAACAUGUAAAAGAUGUACUCUUAAAAUUUUCGACGAUCGAUUUCCCAUCUUUUAUUCAAAAUUCAACUUGAAGAAGGAAAACCUCUCAACAGAUUCUCAUUUUCCCUUCUUUUUUUCAAAUUCAAUCUAAAGAAAAGAUGAAGAAUUUGCUCUUUUAGAAAUAUUUUGCAAUCAAGCUUUUAAUGCAUUUUCCCUUCUUUUAUAUUCAACUUGAAGAAAGGAAAAUCUC